GGUUUUGAAAGGUGUUAGGAAAGGCUGCCACCAUGGUUGGCGGCAAGAAAAAUUUUAAUGAUAUGUUUUAGAUAUAAAUUAUCCAAGGGAUGGCGAGAAACUGAAUCUAAAAUGGAUUUUGAAUGAAGGAAAAUCCGAGAAGAUUAUUUCAAGCUUUCUUUUAUCAAUGUUUCGCAUAAGUUUUUCUUGCAACUUUUUGGAAUAACCUUUUAAUUGUAGCUCGUAAUCAAGCUUUUUUUAGAUUUAAAAAAGAGCCAAAAUGAAAUGGAGGAGCAUUAUAAACGAAUAGUGUUUUAACAGUAACAUUAAAAUUGAAAUAUCAACAGAAGCACUGUCAACUAAAAUUGAUAGAUUAUGCAAAAAAGGGUUUGAAUUUUAAAUUUUUCAAACUGGAUUGGCAAAACGAGUUUCGAUAGUAUUUAUAAUAACGUCUAGAUUUUCUCUUUCUUAGUAGGAAUGGAUUAUUGAUACAAUCAAUUUUGAAGCUUUCUCGACAAUCUGCCGAUUCUUCAUUUCCCAUAUUCUUUAAAGUUUUCUUUCCAGCAGUUUCUUUUCCUUCAAAAGCUGAUUUCUCUCUUUUGUAACGUUUUUUAGAAAGUUUCCGUCAACAACUAGUCCUUUGGAGCCAAGUUAAGGCCAUAGGAAAACAAAACUCCAUCAUUUGGUGCAGGCACCAAGUUAUUCUGAACCAGGUUUCUCGAUCAUUUCCUUAGCCAAGCUGUUACUCGCUGUACAACUUGGAAAAUUACCGAUUUUUUUGACUAAAUUCCCAUUUUCAAUCUUCUUUAUGUUUUCUUCAGAAAAUACAUAGUUACCAAACCUAAGCAGGUAAGCUAAGGUCAUAUCUAAAAAUUACUAAGCAUAGUUACUUACGGAAUGGUAGACUAGAUUUAUUUACACUUUUGCCUAAAAAAUUAUUUUGCUCUGCAGAAAAGUGGAGCAGCCAUGCCCUCCCCACCGCCCCCCCCCGGUUUUGCCGGCCCUGUUUAUGAACGAAAGGGAAGACGGAACUUACAUAAUAAUGAUGCGCUGUAUUCAAGAUUUACUAUUUGUCAGUUUUAUACAACAGAGACCAACACCAAAUAGGUAUCUUACGGUUAUAAUCAGUAUCGAGUUAUUUUUUUCUUCAAAUUUUUUGCCGUUCUUGGUUAUUUUGAUAUGACUAAGAAUGGAGCAAAAAAUUUUGGCCCUUGAUAACAUCACGAAUACAUAGGUGUAGUAAACAUAUAGGCUAGGGGGAGGUGGGAGGCUGCACCCCUUCCAAUCAGGCAAAUUUUAUCCAAUGUCAGGUCCAUUCUGGCAAUUUAUUUCACUGAAGCAACAGCAGUCGGACAAGAUUCAUACUAAGCCCCCCCCCCCCUUAACGUUUAGCCUCUGCUACGCCCAUGAGCGAAGAGAUACAAUAAUUGGUAAUUCUGGUUGACGCUAUCUCAAUAUGAAAAACACGAUGAAGUAUUGUAUUGUUGAGAUUUUUUUUAAAGUCAGAUGUAGAAAACGUUCAAGUGACAUAGACUUAUCCAUUGAUCGAAAUUUACUAGUACACAUUUCCUAGAAUGAAGCAGCCAGUUAAUGUGGGUGGGGCGGACACACCCUUUCUGAAACUGCAAUCACUGCUGUCAUAGGAUCAUUUGACAAUAUUAUUUUCAGCGAGGAAACCAGCAGAUACUGAAUCGAAUCUCUGGCUGCAGAUUUGUUAAAUACAAUAAUAAUAAUAAUGAUAAUAAUGAACGAUUAUUUAAACUGGAUAAACACUUCAACUACCUGAGGCUGUUAUAAAUGUGUGUCCAGUAAAGUAAAAAUAUAAAAAAGGGAUACAACUAAGAGGAAGGAAAGAACUAGAGGUGUCUACAGUGAUUUGCUAUUACUUGUAGUAGUUAUCUAUAAAGUCCGAAAGAGUCUGGUCUAUUUAGGGUGUAGCAUUCCAAAGGAAGCAUGUUAAACAGCUUUCCGCCAGUAAAAUGGAAGCUUUUUCCCCCAUAUCAAACAAAGCUAUGGAGCGUGUUUUGGACGUAAAGAAAGUAGCGCAUUUGGCGUUAAGGGGUGAAAAGUGGCAGAUUUGUGGAUUUCGUAGGACCCUCGUUUGUGGCAUGUUGUUAGGCUGCUAGUAUGACGAGGCUGCUAGUAUGACGAGGCUGCUAGUAUGACGAAGCUGCUGGCAAAGAAUUACAAUGAUUAGUUUCGAUUGAAUAUGAAGAGCUACGAUCCCCCACCCAGUCCUUCUUUUUAUCCCACAUAUGUCUCAAGGUAAGCGCCAGGAAGUAUUGCAACGACGCGUGUAGAAUAAAUAUAUGUUUAUAGGUGGGCAAAACUGCCCGCCAGUUGAGAAAUGAAAUGCAAUAUAUUUUAUGACAUUGUAAAGGCGCAAAAUAAUUCUGUCCCCACAAUGUCACAAAUUGAUUGUGAGCAUGUACGUAUUGAAGUUAAAGUGAAAUAUUCGCCGCACACGUAUAAUCCUCUUAUUAUCAAUAAUUUUUUAGAGAUAACCAUAUUCUCAACAACACCACAUAUUAGCUCACAUUUAAGGUUUUUGGAACCAAAGAAAAAGGCAGGGAUAACAUUAUAUAGCUGUUUUUAUGAGCUACUGUGUUAAUAUGAUAAAAACCAUACAAGUCUUACACUUACAUGUUUAUAAAUACCCCCCAACUACUGGGGUGGGGAGCUCAUGUCUUCCAGUGAUUUGAUUUGAUUAAGCUGUUGUUUUAAAAGAGGCCAGGAUGAGGCCCAUCAGUCUACGUCAUAAUUCUAUGCCCCCAAACAAGAAAUAUUCAGUAACAACACUGUUUAAGAUCAUCUGGUUCUAAUUUUUUUAUUUCAAAAUAUUUAGAUUAAAGUUUGCAAUUUUCGUAUUUUAGAUAUAGAGGUGAAAGCUCUUACGUAUGGGAAUUAGAAAAUUUAGUUUGUAAUGCGGAAUAACAAACACAAAAUAUCAGAUUUUGGUGCAGUUUGAUUUAGAAAACACAAGUCCAAACAAUAAAAAACAGCCGUGGAAAACGCUAUGCAUUAGGAGUUGGUCACACCCUAGGUAUAACUAAUUUCUUUACCGCAAAAUCCUGUUAAAUGUAAUUAAAAUUGGAUCUUACAACUUUACCUUCGAUUUUAAAUGCUAACCGUACCAUUUUACUACUUUUUGCUCAAGUUUAUCCCAACAGUUUCCAGCGUCUUACAUUUGGAGGGAAUUGCUACCCACAUUUUAUCAUUGCGAAGCAGGAGCUUAGAUAUAUUCUCUUUUUAUCAUACCUUGCCCUUGCGUUCGGAAAAGUCUUGUUAUCGUGUGAAAGCUUGCUUAAAGUGACCCUUCACAGAAAGUGUCAUCCAAAUAUAUCUUACUAUAAGCGACAAGGCUUUUAAAUGUUUUGUAAAUUACUUGAUAUUUUAGAAAUAGGGUUAUUUUGUUAUCUAGCUUUCUCUGCCUUUCGAGUUUAAAAUUUUUAGAUUGCGACAAUAAAAGUUGCCAGGGAUCGCUAACACUGAUGAUGUUCCCACGAUUUUGGGCCACAAAGCCCCGGCGUUGUUGGUGACUAUCAUACCUUUCUUACUAUUUCCUGGCAUAUUCAUUUGAAUAUAGUUGUAUUAGUAUGUUUUCACUAUCUUUAAUGCAAAAAAAGGGUCUGGGGUCGAAUGACGUCAAUGUAUAUAUUUGUAAAUGCCAUAGAGAUAGGGUUGUUGCAUAUAGUCAACAUAUACAGAAUCACAAUGGUUCAAUGUGAUAUUACCUCGCAAAAUCAAAGAAAAUCGCUAUAGAAUUAGAUUAAGAAUUGUUUUCGUUUAUAAGAUAUUGCUCAGCAAAUCUUAACAGAAUAACUGUUUAGCAAUUCGUCGCAUUGCCUAGUCUCGAACGCUAGUUUAACGCCCAGUUUAAAUUUGAAACGCUAUUGGGACGGUAUGCAAUCCUUCCCGUGUGAACAGGGCCAAUGAAGUUAUGGAGAUACUUCAAACCAUAGAAUGCUUCAAACAGUCAUUGCCUCUUUCGCGAAUACUCGUAGAUUUCGAGCGAUGUAUGCGUGUGUGACCAGAACAAAAUACCAGCGUGAAGUACAAACUGCUAGGAUUAAAAUAUUAGCCGGAAUAAAUUAAUAUGACCCAGGAACAAAUUUUCAGCAGUUAAAACGUGAGUGGUAUAAUUCGGAAAUCUUUCGAGAAUGGGGAUUCGUUUUUUUAGCAAAGAAUUAUUUACCUACUAAUCCCACCAGAUAGAGGAAAGAAAAGAGGGGAUAAUGAUUCCAUAAUUAGAAAGUACUUCUUGACAAACGCAUGCUAAAUCGUCCUUACGUCACAAAGGUUUUCCCUGCUGAAAACACAGAAUUUGUGCUUAAACCACAUUUGAAAACACAGUAGAGCACCGCUUUUCUUGCGAUACAGGGAGCAGGAACUAAGUUGAUCAGGACUGGUCACGAGAUCAAAGAUGCCAAAUUGCAAUGAUAUGUAUUUCUCGCAGAGGUGUAGAGCUAAUGGGCUCACGGUAGCCCUUUUCUACUUUUUGCAAUUAUUGUCUGCUAGGAAUUCUAUGUUAUCUGUGAUUUAUUCAGAAUUUCCUAGAAUCUCAUCCCUUGAUCUUUAUGAUAAGUUUACCUGGUUAUUGAACCAAGAAGAUAGGGAUUGUCUGGUUUUAAUUGCUAAUUUGAUAUUCCUGGCUUUCGAAUCACGGGAAUCUUUUAGGAAUUAUCUUGUAUUAACCGCUUACUGUAAUUUGAGAUUUGUUGUUUAUUUGUUAGUUAUGUUAACUUGUAAUUGUGUUGGCGAUGGGCCAUUUCGGCGUACAAGCCUUAUAUAUAUAUAAAAAGUAACCCGUUGCCAUGCAAUUUCCCACUUGUUGUCAGCAUCCUAUUGUCUCUUGGUGUUUGUAAGUCAGUCAUUAUGUAAAGCCGUGAAGUAAAGUCGUGUCCAAGCCGGGCCGUUUUGAGAAGUUGCCGUUAGCCGUUAAAUUAAGUAAAGUGUACCCAUCGGACAUCGGACAGGGGGCGGACUGGGGGACACGUCCCCCCAGUUUUUGGCAGGAUCAACUUUGUAUUUCGUCUAAAUUCGAUGAGAGAAUGUGGGGGAGGGGUAAUAUUUUGGCAACAUACUUUUUGUGAUGUAAUCCCAUGAUUUCAAACUGCCUUUCCAUAGCCCAAGGCUAGUUAUAAGCGUUCCCUUAAUGUAAAAUUGACGUUUCUUGUUGGUAAAAGAGCGUUUUCUGGUGCUAAAAAGGGCGUGGCCUAAAUUUUCUUGUUUUGUCCCCCCCCCCCAGAGCGUAGUAGCUGGCGCCGCCAUUGGGUGUUGUUUUACAUUAGUUUCCAAUAGCCUUAGUAGCCAUAGCUGUACGUUAAAGCUUCAGGUUGGCUGUCACUAAUGGAGGCAUUAAGAUGUGUUUUCCCCUGACUUUCACGAGAAUUCAAGGGUAAAACACACUUUAAUGAGAAUGGUAGAUGGAAAUGAAAUACCAUAGUAACCUUUAGAUCGUAGUUUAGACUUCAGAUCAUUUGAGUACUUUUAUGAAGAUGAUUUAUAUGGCUGUGGCAUAUGUAUUAAAAACCGCACAAAAUGUGUGUCCUUGGAAUGACGGUUUUCGGGGUUAUGAAUUCUCCAGUCCAGGCGCGCAACCAGAAAUUUCAGAGGGCAGGGGUCCAACACACAAAAAGGGCACUAUUUAAACUUUAUGUUGGGCACUAAUAAAAGGUCCGCCGAAAAUAUGAGCAGUUAGUAAAUUUGUAAAUAUUGUAGGCUAGACAAGGGAAACUGAUCAAUAGAGAAAAGUUGUGGUGUACGGUUUAUUUUGUGGUGAGGUGUGGUUUGCUUUUUCCUUUUAAUGUUAACUGUGCACAUGCCUUUUUUCUGUCUGCCACCCAGUGCCGCCGAGAGGUUUGGGAGGCCCGAAGGAGGGGGAGAACGGAAAAAACAAUGCCUCUUGCGAGCGAAGCGAGCAACAAUUUUUGCCACCACACCCUUGCAAAUAGCUUAAAUUCAUUAAUUCGUUUAAGAUGUUUUACUUUUGAAGUGUAAUUUUGUUACUUUUAAUAAAUUCCAUUUAAAAACGGAAUUAAUUGCUUUAUGAAGCCCCCCUAGACCUCGAGGCCCUAGGGCAAUUAACCCCUUUAUCCCCCUCUCGGCGGCCCUGCUACCACCUCCUUUUCCCAGCGCCAGCUCACUUUUGAAAAGUAGCCCACCAUCUUCCAUAUCCGAAGACAUUUUGCUCUUUAAAAUAUUAUUAUUGAUUUCUUUGCUACGCACUUCAGAUGGGAGGAGGUUGAACAGUUCCACGAGCCUUGAAUUCAGCUGGUUUCUGUCUCCAAGUCUUGCCUUCAGCUGAUUUGUGAUACUGACAAGGAACGGAACAGCUGAACAACAACUUUUGGUGCCAUCUUUACUGCUUGCUAAUGCUAGUCCGCAAAUAUUUCUCUACAUUCGCUCGUUUCAUGCAAAGGUCUUCUAUGACCCUGUAAACUAUGUGACAGGCUUGAAAAAUGUCUUGGUUUUUACAGAUUAUGUGGUCAAAUUUAUAAAAAAAACCGAACAAAUGAUUUUUUGAUGACGUCACACUUCGGUGCUCUAUUAACCAGCACUAGAGACAAUAUGAACGUGGACUGGCGCAUGACAAUAUGGUUGAUAGGUUAGGGUAUUGUCUAGAUCCUUUCAACAAGAUGUAAUGAUCUGUGAAGGGUGGUCAAGUUUUCAGAAAUAAAUAAGACUGUUUAUCUUUAGAAAGAAUCUCUAUUGUUUGGAAGUUAUUUGGUAUCUAAGAUUACCUUGAUCCUUUUAUCUGUGACAGAAACCACGUAGGCAUAUUAGGUGCCCCACAGACCAUUUCAACCAGAAACUGGAUCGAUAGUAUAGAAGUACAUUAUUGCGACAAUAUUAUUUCUAUAUGGCGGAAAUUACCUAGGGCUGUUGGAGAACGUAUAGCCUCAAGACUGGGGUUUAUUAACAAAAGCAUUUUAAAAGGUAGGUAGUACAGUAGCAGCCCAGCCUCUCUUUGUUGGAUGCGUCUGGUAUUGGAGAGGAGAUCAAAAAAUUAGUGGGCAAAAUUGUCUUUUUUAGGAUUGGAUCUGUUGAAACCAUCUCAAAUACUAUAUUCGAUUGCCAUUCGUAUCCUGUCAAUUGUUUCUAACAUGAAAUACGAAUGAAAUAAGACAUAAGGCAUUCUACGUACAUAAUUAUUUCAAUAAUACUUCGAUUAUUCAAAAUAUUGAAUUCUGUAUGUUUUAGCCAAUAUAGAAGCAAAUAUAGAAGCAAAAUAUUGCUCGUUGGUUGUCGAAUUUAGGACUGUUGUAACUCAUACAUGCAGCUUUACGUUUUUGCGAGUUUUGAUAGGAAAACUUUAUGGUCCAGUCAAACGGAUUUUGUCGCUAAUGGAAUGGUUGGUUGUAUUUUUCUACUGUUGCCUGGUCAUCUGGUCAUUUCUAAUGAUCAGAAGAACAUCUUGCUUUGAAUGGCUUAGUACACUAGUAAUUUUUAGAUAAUGUAUUGAAAAACUAUGUUUCAAAUCAUACUUUGGAAAUCUAUUCUAUAUAUUGUAAACAUUAUAGAAAUGGUAAAUAUGAUGAAAAACUGCAGAAGCGAAAGGUCUUUUAGUGUUUAAAACGCACAAAGAAUUACUUGCAAUCAAAUUUAGGUCAAACUCGAUUGGGUGGCCUGUCUUCUAAUCAUUGAGCGUGGUGUAAUGGAAGAGCUUUCGAUGGAUGACUUUUUCUCUGACUUUGCAGGUAAUCUGCCACUGGGCGUAGCGGGUGCUGAACGUUUAGAGGGGCGGGGGGGGGGGCAUGGUAUGGAUGUCGCCCAAAUAUUGCUUCAAAAUAGAACUGCCAGAAUGGAUCCUAAAAAUGCGAUAGAUUUUGCCAGAUUUGCUGCAGCCCUCCAAACCCUUUUUCCCAUACAUUUAUGGAAACUGGGGAGAGUUUUCUCCGCCAUAUACAUUGUUUAGUACAAUUUGGUCGCAAAUAAUGCCAACUUCAAGCGAUGGGCAAUUCACUCCUGCAAAAUGCGUACGAGAAUUCCACCAAAACACCAGUAUUUCUACGGAUUUUCUGAUGUAAAAUAAGAUUCCCACCAAAGGUGUACGAAAUUUCAAAAGAACAAUUUAACCUUCGGUUUCAACAAUAACGUAACUACAGUAGCGGCGCCCAAGUCCUCGACAGGGUCAAUUUUGUAUUUCGUAUAAAUUCGAUGAGAAAAUUUUUAGGGAGGGGUAAUAUUUUGGCAACGUACUUUUUGUGAUGUUGUCCUUUGUUUUUGAAACUGCCUUCAAGUAACCAAAAGUUGAGUCGUGAGCGUUCCGUUUUGGUUGAAUUGGAGUUCCUUGUUGGUAAAAGAGCGUUUUUUGGUAAAAAGGGUAAAAAGUGAAUAUUGAUUUGCUGCAUCUCUUUUUUUUGUUUAUUAGAUAUAUUGUUCUUUUCAUUUGAAUGCAUUAUUUCAAGAAUCGUUGAUGUUCGCAUUGUGGUCUCAGGAAGGCGGUAUAUUAACACAAUUGUUCUCUGGUCUCUAUUGAGUACAAGCUAAGGAAUUGGUUCCAUUGUCGUAUUCCGCUUAUAAGCAAACACUAGCGUUCUAUUUUCACUGUGUUCAUUGUCGCUAACAACGACUUGAUGAAUGGCAUUGCGAAAGGUAUGAUUUUAAAAGAACAUUUUAUUAGUAUGUUGAAUUCAGAACAACAGUGACAGUAAAUUGUCAAAAAAGAAGACUUUUUCAAGGCCUGGGCUUUUUCAAACAAGACUUCCACUAUUCUUAUCGAAAGGUGCCUAGUUACAUCAAUUGAUGGUCUCUUGGUCUACAGCACUUUAGUAAAAAAUCAACCAUUUAUAUCCAUAGAAUUUGGUUCUAACAAGUUGAAGGUUGUAAUCCGUGACAAAGUUCUUUGGUUUGUUCAUUAAGUUCAGGAAAAGAACUGCCAGGGAACUGCCAAAGAAUUUCAUAUUGAUCACAGCCAGUUGACGGAGUAGCCGUAGUUGUUACCGAGAACGUAUGCAAGGGUUGUGCAACAGUCGAAGCACUGAUCAGAACUUGUUUGUUCAGUAGGGUUCAGGCACUAUUGCGACUUCAAGAGUUUAAUUUACAAAGUUCUCAUGAUUAAUUGAUAUAUAUCUGGAUUGUAUAGCGUUAUCGUGGUUAUGGUGUAAAGUGUUUUUGACUUGCAAAUGAUAGCCGCGUGUGGAAUAUUGCAUCGGUUUGUAUAUAUUUUGGAUGACAAUUGGAAUCUGUAUCCACCAGGAGUCGAGUGUAUAUUAUAUCGCUAUUAUAGCAAAUCACAGUAAAAGGAUUUUAAUCAGCACUACCGCCUACAUUAGCUGCUCUUAUUGGAAGACAAUUCACACAAGAUGAAAUCAUACAUAUUAACAGUAUUCACUUUGGCUCACGUGUUGGGGAACGUUUGUCGAGCAAUAAACUACAGGCCGUAUUUUACACGUCCAUCUCUUGUAAAGACGAUCCCUGAAAACGUUGGCAAAGGUUACUUUAUCGCUGACAUCAGUGGAUAUACAGUUGAUGAUGAAAAUGACUUUGUAACAUACGGACUGGAUACAUAUGGUUCACAGCUAUGCAACAUCGGCCCACGAGACGGUCGCUUGACACUAAAGAGGGCGCUUGACCGAGAGGUACAGGCGCAGUUUAAAAUAAUCGUUUCUGCUCAAGACAGUCACCAAGGUGGAGGACAGCAUAGAACGGCCUAUUUACCUGUAUUUCUCUAUGUUCUUGAUGUCAACGAUAACCACCCUGUGUUUCUCAAUACGCCGUACAUCGCAAAAAUACCGGAGAAUGCUACUGUUGGAACGAGCAUAAUCCAAGUUCAGGCUUUUGACGCUGAUGAUGGACUGAAUGCCGAAAUUGAGUAUUCUUUUAAAGAUAAAAAAGAGUCCGACAAGUUUUCAAUAAACGGAGAUACAGGGCUGAUAACCCUCGAUGGCACGCUUGAUUACGAAGCUGACAAGAAACAUACAUUAGUUGUGAUUGCCAAGGAUAAGGGAACACCGAAGAAACUUGAAUCACAAACUACAGUUGUUAUCGACGUCACCGAUGUCCAGGACACAAACCCUCGUUUUCUUCAUUCAUCCUAUCAAACUCAAAUCGAUGAGAAUUCACCUAUGGGAUCAUCUGUCAUUAAAGUAACGGCCAUCGAUGGUGACACGGAAGUCAAUCAACCAAUCGAGUAUAGCGUAGUAACAGGAAACGAAGAAGGACUCUUCAUCAUAGAAAAGAAGAACGGAAUAAUAAGGAUCAACGGAACAAUCGAUCGAGAAACAAAUAACAUAUUUAAGAUCAAAGUUAAGGCAUACGAAGAGCGAGACCCACCAGCCUUUGCCACUGUAGAUGUCAUUAUUUUAGUUAAUGACGUCAAUGAUAAUAGGCCUACGUUUAAGAAAGACCACUACACAUUCACAGUGAAGGAAAACGCUCCAAUUGGAUUUGCCUUGAAUGAGCAGUUUAGCGCUGUCGAUACAGACAUAGAGAACAAGAAUAAAAAGCUUGUCUACUCAUUAAAAGAUGCAGAAGACAAAUUUGCUAUUGAUCCAACCACAGGAAAACUAAUGAUAGCGGGUGAAAUAGAUUUUGAAAAACAGAGGCAAUACAAUUUCACGAUCCUAGCCACCGAAACAGAUACAGAUGAACGAUAUUCUGGUAGUACAAAUGUUACGGUUAAUGUUAUCAACGAAAAUGAUAAUACACCAAUGUUUGAGAGGCUCGUCUACAUAUUCAUAGCAUCGGAAGACAUUUCGACGGAAAAAGUAAUUGGCCGUGUCAAGGCUACUGAUGCAGAUAUCGGCUCAUACGGAAAAGUUUCAUACGAAAUAAAGACAAACAAAAUCGGCUCACCACUAUUCAGUAUUGAUUCCAAAACUGGGGACAUAUUCGUGGCAAGACCGUUAGAUUACUCGAAAGCGCCCUCGCAUCACUUUGUCGUAAUCGCAAAAGAUGACGCAGGGCAGUUAUCAAGAGAAUCAAGGACUCUAGUCCAAGUUGCUGUGGUCAACGUUUCAAAGCCCACUACGAGAAAUUUACCAGAAACUAAAACAUUGCAUCAAAAAACCACAACAAAGACUAUGCCAAAUGAAAUAUCUGAAAUGAAAAGAAUAGUAGAAAAGAACGAACAAAGAACGAGAUCGAGCUCGGUAAAGGUAACGAGCAACUUUAUUGUAAUCCUGUCUGUAGUUCUAACUUCACUUUAUUCAUUACGAGCAUUAGUAACUUAGCAAAUGCACCCUUAAUCCAGUCUUGCCGUUAGAUUGGAGUAGUAAUAGUACGCGACCGCUCCAUUUAGUGGUCCACUUAACGGUCGCUGAGAGACCGAUCAUUAGAGGCAGCUGUGGAAUAGAAUCAGACACUAGGAUCAGGGAUAGCAAACUAGAGUCUUGGAAACCGCCUCAGGCAGGGAUGUGCAAGGAAUAAGCCGCGUUCUCCUGUUCAUGCCAUUAACGUUGAUCGUCUAAUGCUUGCAACAACAUUUGGUAUCUUCCAUAAAAAUACCUCUUGCAUGAAGCUGCUAUGAGUAUGACACUGGAUGUCAAUCUCAUCAGCUAUCAACUGGAGAUGACUCAAGGUUUAUGUGGCGUAUCCCUUUCAUGGAAAAGCUUUUAUGUAAAAUUCUGCUUGAUUCGCAGCAUGUUAUUGGGCUUGAUCAAUCCGAUUGGCUAGCUAAAAAUUGACGAGGCCUGAUCAAUUUGAUUGGUUUCUAGAAAAUUUGAUUUCCUAAGGUAAUCAUUUGAUUGGCUAACUAAAUAGAUUUGAUUGUCCAACCAACCCAUCUUCAUUUUUGCCUUGAUGGAAGCAGACCAUCAUGCAUUUCGUCAUUCCUUGACCCAUGCACUACAUGAUCUUGGAUUCUAUCGAAUAACUUUUUUUAACGAAUAGCGGAUAACUAAUAGUUUCUUUAGAGCCUCGUAAUUGGCUUUCCACCUCUCAAAAAUCUCCAACUUAUGCUUGACUGCCAUGCUUCUGAAAGAAAAUGCAAACAAUCCAAAACUGUCUGAAUCUAAACCUAGCAAUUUGUGCUUCAGAAUCAAUUUACGUUACAGAUCCUCUUUUGUGAAAAAUCCCUUUUAAAUCCCUUUGGUCCCUGAUUUAUAUUGUUUCUGAACCAACCAGUCUAUGCGAUAAGUACAUGUCUGGUUCAGUGAUUCUGUUUUAUUCUCAUGAUCCCAUCGUCCACUUAACUCUAGCUUCCAUUGCCACUACAGUUUUCAUUGCCUCGUAAAAGACAACCGUCUUACACAUUACGACAAAAGCUUGGGAAACCAGCUGCCUAACCCUUCGAAUCAACACAAUUUCAGGGAUUCAUCCUUUGUGUUUUCGAUUUAUCAAAAAUGCAUGUAAACUUAAUUUAUUGAGAGUACUAUAUUAUUACUGUAAAUAGAACCAAUAUGAAAUAUUAUAGAAAAUAUAUAGUGUAAUUAAGAAAAAAUGUACUGUAGCUACGUUGAGAUUCAUUUUGUCAGAAAAUAUUAUUAGAGAAACUCAUAGAAAAUGAUAGGCCCAUCAUGAAAGGUAUUCAGAGUUUUUCUAAUAUUGGAACAUCAAUUAAGCUCCUGGAAUUCAAAAACCUUAGAGCCCUCGUGUUUAUCCACCGCACCCAAUAUGGUCUGAUAUUUGACAUUUGUUUUUAUUUGUAUGCCCCGAAGUCUCUGAUAAUUUAUCAUGUAGAACCCCUUUUUAUUCAACAAAUCGGAUCAAUUCUCUUGAAAAUGACAUUUAAUGACCAAAUUCUAUUCAUGUUAACUAUCUGCUCAACCCUCUUUAGAGACCACACCCAUUGUUAUACUAGCUCACGACAAGGGCUACUGUUUAUCUACCUCGGUUUUUGAUUAAGAUUACAUAUUUUGGUCAGAAGAUCUUUGGCGCAUAUGAAGUCGCCAUACAAAGUAACGUCUGCUAGAAAAGUAACGUUAAUUUGUUACUGUACUAGCAUAUUUUGCAUAAUUUUGAAGAUAAUUUUGGAUCUCAACUAAGUUACAGUGCAGUUUUCCUUUCAGUUAUCUUACUCGUGUUAGAUCUACGUCAUUACCCUGAGUUUACGCUGUGAGCAGCUUGUUGUUUCUUUAAAAAAGUCUCGUACCAAAAUUCCUUAAUUUAACGUAUGUGUAUUAAUUGUGUAAAAGAUUCAGUCCAUCUGUGUUGGCGUUCUACGUUCUCUGUUUCUUAAAGCACACAAACAAUCAGGGGUACAUUCGUUGCGUUUAUCGUACGUUUUGUGUCAGUAGUCAGUAGAGUGUGAAUUAAAUACGCUAUAAAGUAAAAGAAAACAUGAACUAAUCUGCAAUGAUGAAGCAUGCAAUGACAA